AAAGCAAGUUCCCCAGGAAGCAAGUUCUGCUAUUCGAGCUAGCUUUGACAUUUCGUGAGAUCUCGUAGUUUAAACCAUUUAUGAGUUAUCGCGAUAGAACGGACAACUUUUAGGAAAAGAUUAUAUUGCUGUUAUGCCUGCGUAUCAUUCGAGUUUUACAAAGAGCCAUGGCACCAUCGGAAACAUGGCUCUUCUGCCAAUCAAGACCACAUUCCGAGGUCCUGCCCCUCCUUUUAACAACAAGGAACAAGAUAUAAUUGAUGAAGCAUUAUAUUUCUUCAAAGCCAAUGUGUUCUUUAGGACGUACGAAAUUAAGAGCGAGGCCGACAGAGUUCUGAUCUAUAUUACUCUGUUUAUCACCGAAUGUCUAAAGAAAUUGCAAAAAUGUGCGACCCAGCCGCAAGCUAUGAACGAGAUGUUUUCACUAGCUAUCUCGAAAUUCGAUGUCCCUGGUGAUCCUGGUUUCCCAUUGAAUUCUGUAUAUGCUAAACCAAGUAGUCCUGCUGAAGCUGAUCUUAUGAGACAGUAUCUCCAUCAAAUCAGGCAGGAAACAGCCGUUAGGAUCGUUGAGAAAGUAUAUGGCGAGGAUGGCAAGCCAAGCAAAUGGUGGCUUUGCUUUGCAAAAAAGAAGUUCAUGGAUAAAUCAUUGUCUGGGCCUGGGCAAUGAGUUUCGUUCGUCUAAACUGAAAUGUUCUAAACUUUAUUACUUAAGAAUCAAGGAUUUUAUUAUUUUAUGUCAGAGUUCGUGUUGCACAUAUCGGCCGAUUUUUGGCUGGCUUCUACCGUUAUUCCUUUUACUUCAUCGCCCCGUACGCAGUCAAAGUGCCACUCGAGACUCAGGAGGGUAUCGCUUAAUAAAGAAAAAAAAAUGAAAAACAAUGGUAUCUCAAGUAAUACGGAGACCUCUGUGUUCAUUAGCCAUGUUCCUGAUUUUCAAACGGCACUUGAAAAAUAGCGACAAACGGAGUCUGACGAAAAUCGGCUGAAAUGUGCAACGCUCGCCGAGCUCUGCUUUAUAUAACGCAAGAAACCAGUUGAUUUUAUUCCUGUCCUCGUUAUUUAUCUGUUUUAUAUUGUUUUGAAUUGUGUACGUUACAGAGUACAAAUAAACUGAAUUAUAUAUGUC